GGUCCUGACCCGCCCCCCAUGUGUCCCAUAGGAGACAUGUACAGCCACGACGGAGACGCCGACGAACCCGAGUGGGUGAAGACGGAGCGGGAGCAGUUUGUGGAGUUCAGGGACAAGAACCGCGACGGGAAAAUGGACCAGCAGGAAACGCGCGACUGGAUCCUGCCCGCGGACUAUGACCACGCCGAGGCCGAGGCCCGGCACCUCGUCUACGAGUCCGACCAGGACAAGGACGGCCGUCUGACGCAGGAUGAGAUCGUGUCCAAGUACGACCUGUUUGUGGGCAGCCAGGCCACCGACUUUGGGGAGGCGCUGGUUCGACACGACGAGUUCUGAAGGUUCUGACCCAGUGGGGAGGGAACCACCAACCCAUUAUUUAUUGUUAUAACCCAGCACGGAGAGUCCAACAGCGCCGGCACCGACCCCAAUGGGGGCAGCAUAUAAGGGGGGGGGGGUCUCCCCUCUGCCCCCUCCUCAUCCCCAACAUCCCCCCCCCACAACCCCCAGCCAUUCGGUCCCAGCACGGAUCUGUUGGGGGAUGCUGAGUUUGGGGCCAAAGAUGAGCAAUUUGGGGUCAGGUCCUGAGAUUUGGGGUCGUUUUGUGGGAGUUUGGGGCCAGUUCUGUAGGAUUUGGGGUCUGGUCUGGAGAGUUUGGGGUCAGUUCUGGGGGAUUUGGGGUCCAGUCCAGAGAGUUUAAGGUCAAUUCUGGGGGAUUUGGGGGUCGGAUCCUGAGAUUUGGGGCUGGUUCUAUAGGGUUUGGGGUCAAUUCUGGGGGAUUUGGGGCCAGGUCUGUAGGAUUUGGGGUCAGACCCUGAGAUUUGGGGUCAUUUUGUGGAAGUUUGGGGUGGAUUCUGUGCAAUUUGGGGUCAUUUGUUGAGAUUUUGGGGUCAGUUUGUGAGAAUUUGGGGCCGAUUUUGUGGGAUUUGGGGUUGAUGGCACAGAAUUUGGGGUCAAUUCCUGAAAAUUUAGGGCCGAUUUCACUGAAUUUGGGGUCAAUUCCUGACAUUUUGGGGCCGUUUUCCUGGAUUUGGGGUCCGUUGGUGAGAAUCUGGAGCCAAACCCACAGGAUUUGGGGUCAGUCCUGGACGUUUUGGGGUCAAUUCUGGAGAUAUCAAGACAAAUUCCCCCCAAUUUGGGGCUGAUGCCCUGGAAUUUGGGGUCAAUUCCCUGGUAUUUGGGGUCGGCUCUGAGGAAUUUGGGGCUGGUUGUUGAGAAUUUGGGCUCAUUUCAUGGGAUUUUGGGAUUUGGCCGCAGUGGGGCCAAGUCCUGCCUUUGGGGUCGGUUCUGUGCCAUUUGGGGUCCAUUCUCGGGUUUGGGGUCAGUUCUUGGGUUUGGGGUCAGUUCAGCCCAAUUUGGGGUUGAUUCUGUCCCAUUUGGGGUCAAUUCUGUCCCAUUUGGGGUCAAUUCUGUCCCAUUUGGGGUCGGUUCUGUUCCAUUUGGGGUCAGUUCUGUUCCAUUUGGGGUUGGUUCUUGGGUUUGGGGUCAGUUCUGUUCUAUUUGGGGUCACUUCUGUUCCAUUUGGGGUUGGUUCUUGGGUUUGGGGUCCAUUCUGUUCCAUUUGGGGUCAGUUCUGUCCCAUUUUGGGUCGGUUCUUUUUCAUUUAGGGUUGGUUCUUGGGUUUGGGGUCAGUUCUGCCCCAUUUGGGGCCAGUUCUGUUCCAUUUGAGGUCGGUUCUGCCCCAUUUGGGGCCAAUUCCUACCCAUUUGGGGUCAGUUCUGUUCCAUUUGGGGUCGGUUCUGUUCCAUUUGGGGCCAAUUCCUACCCAUUUGGGGUCAGUUCUGUCCCAUUUAAGGUCGGUUCUGUCCCAUUUGUGGCCCAUUCCCAACCAUUUGGGUUCAAAUCAUGGCAAUUCGGCUCA